UAAGGUGAGGCGUGUUAUUGUUUUAAGGGUGAGACAGAGAGAGAUUCUGAGAAGAUAGAAAGGAGAAGAAUGGGGAGCAGCGGUACUUGUUCUCUUUGGAGUGGGUUCUUAGGCAGUGGGGGGCAGCAGCUCCGGGCAUCGGUGGCAGCAGCCAAGCAGAGGACAAGCCCAAGUCUAAGCUUUGUAACAGUUGAAGCCAAAGCCAAAACUAGACGCGAAGACAGGACUGCUCGCCAUAUUCGUAUCAGAAAGAAGGUGGAAGGGACUCCAGAUAGGCCUAGAUUGUGUGUCUUCCGUUCCAACAAGCAUCUCUACGUCCAAGUGAUUGAUGAUACAAAGAUGCACACGCUCGCUUCCGCUUCAACCAUGCAGAAGCCCUUCGCUCAGGACUUUGAUUACUCUUCUGGUCCAACCAUUGAUGUAGCUAAGAAGGUAGGUGAAGUCAUUGCAAAAUCUUGUUUAGAGAAGGGGAUAACUAAGGUGGCUUUUGACAGAGGUGGGUACCCUUAUCAUGGGCGUGUAGCAGCCCUUGCAGAUGCAGCUCGGGAAAAUGGCCUUCAAUUCUAGAAAUGUGAUUGGUCAGUCACUUUUGAGCAUUCUUUUUUCCUUUUCUUUUUGAACUUUGUGAUGGAAUCAUGGAUGAAUUUGUUGGUGAAACUCUGUAAUUUUGUUAAUUACUGAGAGUGGAAAAGUUCUUUA